AUGCUUCUGCUGGGUAUCUUAACGCUGGCUCUCGCCGGGGGACCGGCUGGAGGGUCAGAGCCAGAUCAGGAGGUGGUGGUCCCCAUCCGACUGGACCCGGACAUCAACGGCCGCCACUACUACCGGAGGGGUCCCGAAGACUCCGGGGAUCAGGGACUCAUUUUUCAGAUCACAGCAUUUCAGGAGGACUUUUACCUACACCUGACUCUGGAUGCUCAGUUCCUAGCGCCCGCCUUCGCCACUGAGCAUCUGGGCGUCCGCCUCCCGGAACUCACCGGGAGCUCUCCAGACUUGCGACGUUGCUUCUACUCUGGGGACGUGAACGCCGAGCCAGAUUCUUUCGCCGCUAUGAGCCUGUGCGGAGGUCUACGCGGAGCUUUUGGCUACAGAGGCGCCGAGUAUGUCAUUAGUCCGCUCCCCAACGCCAGCGCGCAGGCAGCACAGCGCAACAGCCAGGGCGCACACCUCCUCCAGCGCCGCGGCGUCCCCGGCGGGCCUCCCGGAGAUCCCACCUCUCGCUGCGGGGUGGCCUCAGGCUGGAACCCCGCCAUACUGCGGGCGCUGGACCCUUACAAGCCGCGGGGGACCGGCUUGGGAGAGAGUCGCAGUCGGCGGAGGUCCGGGCGCGCCAAGCGCUUCGUGUCGAUCCCGCGGUACGUGGAGACACUGGUGGUGGCGGACGAGUCAAUGGUCAAGUUCCACGGCGCGGACCUGGAGCAUUAUCUGCUGACGCUGCUGGCCACGGCGGCACGACUCUACCGCCAUCCUAGCAUCCUCAACCCCAUCAACAUCGUCGUGGUCAAGGUGCUGCUUCUCGGAGACCGCGACACAGGGCCCAAGGUCACGGGCAACGCGGCCUUGACGCUGCGCAACUUCUGCGCCUGGCAGAAGAAGCUGAAUAAAGUGAGUGACAAACACCCAGAGUACUGGGACACGGCCAUCCUCUUCACCAGGCAGGACCUGUGUGGGGCCACCACCUGUGACACACUGGGCAUGGCUGAUGUGGGCACUAUGUGUGACCCCAAGAGAAGUUGUUCUGUGAUCGAGGAUGAUGGGCUUCCAUCAGCCUUCACCACUGCCCAUGAACUGGGCCACGUGUUCAACAUGCCCCAUGACAACGUGAAAGUGUGUGAGGAGGUGUUUGGGAAACUCCGAGCCAACCACAUGAUGUCUCCAACACUCAUCCAGAUUGACCGUGCCAACCCCUGGUCAGCCUGCAGUGCUGCUAUCAUCACCGACUUCCUGGACAGCGGGCACGGCGACUGCCUCCUGGACCCACCCAGCAAGCCCAUCUCCCUGCCUGAGGACCUGCCAGGGGCCAGCUACACCCUGAGCCAGCAGUGUGAGCUGGCCUUUGGCGUGGGCUCGAAGCCCUGUCCCUACAUGCAGUACUGCACCAAGCUGUGGUGCACCGGCAAGGCGAAGGGGCAGAUGGUGUGCCAGACCCGCCACUUCCCCUGGGCAGACGGCACCAGCUGCGGCGAGGGCAAGUUCUGCCUCAAGGGGACCUGUGUGGAGAGACAUAACCUCAAUAAGUACAGGGUGGACGGCUCCUGGGCCAAAUGGGAGCCCUAUGGCGCCUGCUCGCGCACCUGCGGUGGGGGUGUGCAGCUGUCCCGGAGGCAGUGCCGCAACCCCACCCCUGCCAACGGGGGCAAGUACUGCGAGGGAGUGAGAGUGAAAUACCGAUCCUGCAACCUGGAGCCCUGCCCCAGCUCAGCUUCAGGCAAGAGCUUCCGGGAGGAGCAGUGUGAGGCUUUCAAUGGCUUUAACCAUAGCACCAACCGGCUCACCCUCGCCGUGGCAUGGGUGCCCAAGUACUCCGGCGUUUCUCCCCGGGACAAGUGCAAGCUCAUCUGCCGAGCCAAUGGCACCGGCUACUUCUAUGUGUUGGCACCCAAGGUGGUGGAUGGCACACCAUGCACUCCUGACUCCACCUCGGUCUGUGUCCAAGGCAAGUGCAUCAAGGCUGGCUGUGAUGGGAACCUGGGCUCCAAGAAGAAAUUCGACAAGUGUGGGGUGUGUGGGGGCGACAAUAAGAGCUGUAAGAAGGUGACAGGCCUCUUCACCAAGCCCAUGCACGGCUACAAUUUUGUGGUGGCCAUCCCCGUGGGCGCCUCGAGCAUUGACAUCCGCCAGCGUGGCUACAAGGGGCUGAUUGGAGAUGACAACUACCUGGCCCUGAAGAACAGCCAAGGCAAGUACCUGCUCAACGGGCACUUCGUGGUGUCGGCCGUGGAGCGGGACCUGGUGGUGAAGGGCAGCCUCCUGCGCUACAGCGGCACGGGGACGGCGGUGGAGAGCCUGCAGGCUUCCCGGCCCAUCCUGGAGCCACUGACCGUGGAGGUCCUCUCCGUGGGCAAGAUGACGCCACCCCGGGUCCGCUACUCCUUCUAUCUGCCCAAAGAGCCUUGGGAAGACAAGGCCUCCCACCCCAAGGACCCCCGGGGCUCCUCUGUGCACCACAACAGCGUCCUCAGCCUCUCCAAUCAAGUGGAACAGCAGGACGACAGGCUCCCUGCGCGCUGGGUGGCAGGCAGCUGGGGACCUUGCUCUGUGAGCUGUGGCAGUGGCCUGCAGAAGCGGGCGGUCGACUGUCGCGGGCCCCCCGGGCCACGUGCGGCAUCCGCCUGCAGUGCAGCCCAUCGGCCAGUGGAGACAAGAGCCUGUGGGGAGCCCUGCCCGACCUGGGAGCUCGGCACCUGGUCGCCUUGCUCCAAGAGCUGCGGCCGGGGGUUUAAGAGGCGUCCACUCAAGUGUUUGGGCCCCGGAGGGCGGCUGCUAGCUCGGGACCAAUGUAACCUGCGCCGGAAGCCCCAGGAGCUGGACUUCUGCAUCUUGAGGCCGUGCUGA